AUGAUAUCAGAGCAACCAGUAGACGAGGUUGAGGCCAAGAAAAUCAACCGAAACGACCCGAUGGUGAAGGGACCUGACCCAUCAAUACUGCAGCGACCUUCCACAACAGACGACCGCCCGGACCUGUCCCGAAUAACCAGCCACCAAUCUCAUCACGACAUACAUGCAGUAGCUAGUCACGCCUCUUCGUAUGUCGAGGUUAAUGCUGCUCAGUAUGAACGGUUCAGUCUGAGGAAGAAAUAUACCAUCACCUUCGUGCUAUCAGUAUGUGGCUUCCUGGCUCCAGUCAGCUCAACAGCUGUACUGUCAGCCAUUCCUGAAGUCGCCGAGACAUACAAUACCACUGGCUCGAUCAUCAACUUGAGCAAUGCUUUAUACCUCGUCUUCAUGGGCUUAUCGCCUUGCUUUUGGGGUCCCUUGUCGCAGAUCUAUGGCAGGCGGUGGCAAUGUGUGGCAUCGGCGUCCUUGUUCACAGCCAUGAGUGUUGGAACUGCACUGGCUCCCAAUCUCACAGCUUACUACAUCUUCCGAAUGCUCACCGCCUUUCAAGGUACUUCAUUCUUAAUCAUAGGAACCAGUUGUAUUGGAGAUAUCUUCACACCGACUGAGCGUGGCACAGCUCUUUCGUGGUUCCUUGUUGGCACGCUGGUUGGUCCAUGUCUCGCACCGCUCUUGGGUGGUGCCAUCGUCACAUACGUGAGCUGGCGAGUAAUCUUCUGGAUGCAGACAGGUAUGGGUGCGCUAGCAACUGUCCUUGUCAUCUUCCUCCUGCCGGAGACGAUCCCCUCCAAAGGCAUUGAUGACCUCAAGGAUCUACCCAGAAGCAAACGAGUGGCACAUAUCGUCCACCUCAUCAAUCCCAUUCGUGUAUCGGCUCUGCUUGUUUCCUAUCCUAACCUCCUAAUCGCGGGUCUGGCAUCGUCAAGCUUAGUCUGGAACAUGUACUCGUUACUUACACCAAUUCGGUACGUUCUGAAUCCACGCUUUCACCUGACUACACCUAUGCAGUCAGGUCUCUUCUUUGUUGCGCCAGGUUGUGGCUACCUACUCGGAACGUUCUUUGGAGGCCGUGCUAGUGACUGGGUUGUGAAACGCUACAUCGCCAAGCGCAACCAUCGAGUCUCCGAGGACCGACUUCGAACAGCCUUACCAUUCCUCGGUGUCGUUAUUCCUGCCUGUAUGCUGAUUUAUGGCUGGUCGGUCGAAAAAGCUGUUGGUGGUAUCCCUCUACCAGUUAUUGCCAUGUUUGUGCAAGGUGUGGCGCAAUUGAUGUGCUUUCCUAGUCUCAAUACGUACUGUGUGGACGUCAUGCAAAGCCGAGGUCUGGGCUCUGUUGUUGUUGCUGGUAAUUACCAGAUACGAUAUGUCUUCGCUGCUGUUGGUUCAGCAGUCUGUCUGCCAGCGAUCGAGAAAAUUGGUGUGGGGUGGUUCAGUACUAUUUCGGCGGCGUUCAUGUCAGCAAGUGCGGUCGCAUUGUGGUUCGUAUGUUUGUACGGACAGCAAUGGAGGCAUGAGGUGGAUGCGAAGAAGGCAAGGAGGAAAGCGCUCAGGAAUGCAGAGGAGAGCAAGGCAUAA